UUUCUUGUAUAUAUAGAUACACACCCUUUGCAUAGCUCUUGUUGCCAUGGUAACGCUAUUCCUACACUACUCCUCUGUUUCUCUAGCAACACGUGUUUGUCAAUCUCCUCGACAUCGGUUUAAAAUGAAGCUGCAUCAGCUUUCAGAUGCUCAUCUUUUCUCAUAUUCAAAGGCUGUUUAUCGUAUGUUAAUGCGUCUUUCAAAGCCUUCUUUGCUUCGUCUUGUUUUAUUAUGGCUUGAUGAUCCGUUUUGUAUGACGUCUAAAGGCUCGGUUCAAUCGGUACGCGAUGCUUCAAUAUAUAAAGAAUGGGCAGGAUCCAACACGGUUUCUCGACGGGAUAUCGUUGAACGUAUAGUCAAUAUAGACUGGAAGGCAGGGCUUUGUGCAAAGCAGAUUGCCAUGCUUGAUAUGCAAUAUAUUUUUGAUCAUGCGACCGCCUUAAGAUGGACAGCAAGGAAAAUUAGUGGAUUAGAAGGGGAUAUACGAUUGACGCCUUUUGAUGGUGAAAGUAUUGUUACGGCGCUUAGGAAUGCAUUGGAUUCAGUAUUUUUUAAUCAUAUUUAUUGGGAAAAGCAUCCUAGAUUGCCAUUAUUUUUGAUUCGAAUUCAGAUCCAGGAUGCUUUUGUGCGUGUUUUACCACCGCCAAGACGUAUUUUUUAUAUGGCAUUAUCAUUUGGUUCACCAUUUUUGUUUCAUACAAUGAUUCGAGAUUCUUUACAUGAUAUGUUACUUCAGGCGAUGGAGAUUUUUUUAUUUUUAAAACAUCGACCUGUACAACUUUUCCAUACGAAUAUGACGAUUAGGAAUAUUGAAGCGAUGGUAAAGCGUAAGGGAGCAUCCAGGCAUCCAUCUGCAUUAGGUGCAUGGAGUAUUUAUGCGGAAAAUGAGGUAGAUACAUCACCGAUUGAUCCUCAGGAAAAAGUACGAGAACCUAUUCCAGAGGAUGUUUUGGAAAGACAAAAGUAUAUUGCAGGGGUUCGUUUUGGAAAGGAUUUGGAUAAGAUAGAAGAUGCAUUGGAUAGAUUGGCAUUUCGAUUGGAAGAAGUAUGUAUGGAUGAUGAUGAUGAUGAUGGAAAAUCGGAUAUGUUUCGACCGAGUGUAACAUUGGUUUUUGAGGGAGGAAAUGUAUUAGCAGGGUUGAAAGAAAUGUGCGAAAAAGCGAUUGCGAAUGCGGAACAAAUACCGAGCUGGUUAACCGGUGAAGAUGGCGUAACAGAAGGUGUGAUUUAUAAUGGGUUAUCACAAACGAUAAAAUAAUGUAAUAUCAAUUUUGGACUGGGUAGAAGGAAUAUAUUUUGCCAAA